AGCGGCUCAACCUUGAAGGAGUGCAGCCGAAGGGCAGGCCCUCUGAACGGGAUCGGCUAAGAGUCUGGCGCGGGGCCCUGGAGCUGGCCUGCCUUCCUCCGCCGCCCCUCCGCCCGGUGUCAGGGCCAGUCAAGGGCACCACAGCUUCCGGCCAGUGCCCGGCGGCCCCGGGGGCCAGGCCGGCCCGGGCGCCAGGGCUGCUCCCGAGCCAGGGGCGCACGUGGCGCCCGGGCCGGGGACCUCCGUCCCUCACCUGGGCCGAGGUGCUGAAGCCGCGGCGGAGGGCGACGCCGACAGGCCGGGCGAGGGCGGAGAGCAUGGCUGCGCGGGCGGGUGCGGGCUGGCGGGAAGGCGGCAGGCAGCGGAGACUUGACUCCAACGACCUCCACACGGCACUGGGACUGCGUUCCCGCGGCGCCUGUCCUCGCGAGACCGUCCCGGCUUCCGGCCCCGCCCUGCAGCCCAGAUCUCGCGAUAAUGGGUCAAUUCUGGGGAGACUCGGAAGGCGGCUGAGAGGGGGGCUCAGGGCCACCCCCGCGAGUAGGAUGGCUGAAUUGGUUUUUUGUGAACCAACAGAGCUUUACAAUAUCUUGAAUCAAGUCUCAAAACUAUCCAGAUUAGCUGAACCCAACUAUCUUUGUUUAUUGGAUGUUCGUAACAAAUGGGAGUAUGAUGAAAGCCAUGUGAUCACGGCCCGACGAGUGAAGCAGAAGGGGAGCGAAUAUCUUAUCCCAGAAUCGGUGGAUCUGGAGUGUGUGAAAUACUGUGUCGUCUAUGACAGGAACACCAGUACCCUGGGGGUGAUCUUUGAAGAAGACGAUGAUGAGAAGUCUGACAAGGAUGGACGAGUGCCGGUAUUUGGAGAUGCCGUCGAGUGUGGCAAAGUCCUGUCUCACUUCACCCGCCACCCCGUCUACAUCUUACGAGGGGGCUACGAGCGCUUCUCGACCAUGUACCACUUCUUCAGGACCCAGAAGAUCAUCUGGAUGCCCCAGACAUUCACCUUGAGCUGGGCUCUGUCGUCCUGGUCUUCUCCAAACUGGGCAUCAGUCGCAGCUGUGCCGCCCUCCUGGCCUACCUCAUGCACCGGAAUGGGCAGACCUUGAAGAGGUCCUGGGUGUACCUCAAGCGGUGCAAAAACAACAUGUGUCCAAAUCAGGGCUUUGUGAACCAGCUGCUGCUUUGGGAGAAGAUUGUCCUUGGAGACACUGUCACAGACAUCUUGGAUUCACUCUACUGAUCUUC